UAAGUGGUAGCCGUGCGCGGCCGCGUCUUGGCACUUUCCUCAGGUCGCCUUUCUCUCGCGCAUCUCGCUUCGUCCGGGCCUGGAUCGCGGCGUCCAAAUGCGACCCCAUCUCCUUCUCCUCCUCCUCGCCGCCGCCGCCGCCCUCCCGCUUCCGGCCGCGUCCCGCCAAAACCACCAUGUGACCGCUCCUCCAUCGCCGCCGCCGCCGCCGCCCCACCUCCACGUCAAGAGUACCAGCAGCGCGCUCACUACCGCGCUCAUCUCCGCCGCGUCGCUCCUAGCGCUGCUCCUGCUCUACCUCUGCGCUGCCAUCGCCGUCCGCCGCUUCCGCGCGCGCGGCGCGAUGGGGCGGCGGGACCCGUCGGGGAUGACGGGCUCCUCCUCCUCCGCGGCUUCCCGCGCCGCAGCGUUUCUUCGUCGCCACGGCCUCCACCACCAUCGCCCCGCCUUCACCUACGAGCAGCUCCGCGCCGCCACCGCUGGCUUCGACGCGGGCCGCAAGCUCGGCGACGGCGGGUUCGGGACGGUGUUUCUUGCGUACCUUCCGCCCAGCGGCCGCCCCGCCGCCGUCAAGCGCCUCCACGUCCCGCCCUCCCCGUCCCCAUCGUUCCCCUCCGCCUCCGCCACCAUCACCAAGUCCUUCUGCAACGAGGUCCUCAUCCUUUCCGCGCUCCGCCACCCCCACCUCGUCCGCCUCAACGGCUUCUGCGCCGACCCCCGCGCGCUCCUCCUCGUCUACGACUUCGUCCCCAACGGCACCCUCUCCCACCAUCUCCACCGCCGGGUCGGCGUCACCGCCACCACGCCUCCGCCGCUCCCCUGGCGGACCCGCCUCGCCAUGGCGGCCCAGAUCGCGUCGGCGCUCGAGUACCUCCACUUCGGCGUCAAGCCCGCCGUCGUGCACCGUGACGUCACCUCGUCGAACAUCUUCGUCGAGGCCGACAUGCGCGCCCGCCUCGGCGACUUCGGCCUCUCGCGCCUCCUCGCGCCGCCGGACGCGUGCUCCACGGCUGCCGCCCGCGAGCUCGUCUGCUGUACCGCGCCGCAGGGGACACCGGGCUACCUGGACCCUGACUAUCACCGUUCCUUCCAGCUCACCGAGAAGAGCGAUGUGUACAGCUUCGGCGUCGUUGUGCUGGAGCUCGUCACGGGGCUGAGGCCCGUGGACGUGGGCAGGGAGCGGCGGGACGUGACGCUGGCGGACUGGGUGGUGGCCAAGAUCCAGGUCGGCGAACUCAGGGAGGUUGUGGACCCGCCGGUGCUCGGCGAGGGCCCCGGCGUGAUGGCUAGCGUCGAGGCCGUGGCGGAGCUGGCGUUCCGGUGCGUGGCACCGGACAAGGAUGACCGGCCCGACUCCCGGGAGGUGCUGGUCGAGCUCAGUAGAAUCCAAACAAUGCUCCCCGAGCUUCCCGGCCGCAAGGGUUCUUGAUUCGGAUUGCGCAGAAUGGUGUCUGCAUCAGAAUUGAGCUAGCUCUGCUCAAUCUCAGUGCUCAGAACCUGUGACUCAAAUGCUGACCUCUUGACAAAAGAAUCUGCAUAACAUCUUAAACAUUUUGUAAUAUCCUGGUCGGUUUCUGGCCGUAUGACCCAAAUAUUUCGGUGCGGUGAUUUUAGUAUUUUAAAUACGUUCGAAACAGCUUAGUAUUUGUGUUUCAAACUAAUAUUUUUGAGUUAAACUUUUUAUACGAAACGAUGAGGAAGAUGUAAGUUGAGUGCUACUCGCACCCACAUGGGGUCUGUUACACGUUUAAUGCUUGUAUUGGCAUUUGUCAAAGACAAGUAUCUCAUGGUUGAAGGCGCAAUUCAUCUAGAACAAGAUCACGAAGAACAGCGUCUAUUUCUGCGACGAAUGUCGCAAUCCAAGGUACAUUAUCAGUGUUGUGCUCAGCUGUGGGAGGAUAUCGGCCUGUGCUGGUUCUGUGAGCAGAAAUUGUAUGAGCAAAUUUGUCUGCCUUCUAUGAACUGCAGCACUACUGUACUAGAGCUCACCAGAAUGCGUGCAGUUUAGCCCUGCUGUAAUGUACAAGUUCUACAAAAUA